AUGCGGUACGAAUCGUCUGCCCCGGCCGGCGGAGACGCUGGCAGCCCAGCCUCGGAUCGGGCGAGUGAGCAGCAACGCAUCGUCAUGCCGGCCAGUUGCCAUGACGCUGGUCAGACUCGCGUUUGCCAGCCACUCCGUGAAGCCACGAAUGACCCUGCUUCGUACAGCGGACUCGGCGGACUCGAACCCGUCGCUUUGACCUGCGCCGGUGACCUGCCGACGCAGGAGACCGAGGUCGGUUUGCGCAGAAUCACACCCGCCGGACCUUCUUCAUUCGGCCUCCCGGCGCCAAAGCCACUUCAAGUCAACCGGUCUCGGGGAGCCGGCCAGGCCGGGUCUCAAGCUCUGACCCGCUCGUCCCUUGCGAAACGUGCCAAUCCCGCCAGCUCUAUCUGCCCUCUGUUCGAGGACGCCCUGUUUGGCAGCCGCAACCCGGCGACGGUCUCGGCCGACCGACAAGUCGCGAUGUCCAAUCUGGCCGUAGGCUUGACGACUCCCAGAAAGACUGAGACGUUCGCGACUGACGCGGUGGCCGACCAGUCGACCGACCGCCACAUCAACCUCCUCGUACGGGCAGCCAACGCGGCUGUUGCCGCCAACAACGACAGCACCGCAGGGAGUCGAACUCCUUCCGUCCGGAAGACGGACUCGGAGUUGGGCUCGCGGUUCGGUCCGAUGCUGGCGACAAAAGCCGGUCGGACGGCGGUCAUCUCGAGUCGGUCGUGUGGACAACUGCCAACGACGCCGGCAACUCGGCGAACUGGAGUCCUGGAGUCGGUGGCCGACUCGACGUCGACACCGCUGCUGAGACCGGGCUCGAACCCGGGCCCAUUGAGGCGACAGGUCAAUCUGUCUGCCGCGCCGACGGACACGCUCUCGGCCCUGGCCGCUUUGACCAGCCUCUCGGCGGCUUCUGAGCUCGCGACCCGCAGGUCGCCACGAAGUCUGAAGGUGCAGUUACCAUUCGUCUUUUUAAUCACAUUUCCAUUCACCCUCUCAUGCUCUAUUUAA